UUCUCUUAUACAAUUCCUCAAACUUUCAGAAAAACCUCAGUGAAAACAAGAAGCGCAGAAUUCUUGUACCUAAAUCUGUUAAAAAGAAUGUUUAGUUUAUCUGAUACUCGAAGAUGUGUUUGGGUGAAUGGCCCUGUAAUUGUUGGGGCAGGGCCUUCAGGUUUAGCUGUGGCUGCUGGCCUUAAAGAACAGGGUGUGCCAUUUGUGAUUCUUGAAAGAGCUGAUUGCAUUGCAUCUUUGUGGCAAAAACGCACUUAUGAUCGCCUUACACUUCAUCUUCCUAAACAAUUCUGCCAAUUGCCUAAAUUCCCAUUUCCUGAUCAUUAUCCUGAGUACCCCAACAAGAAGCAAGUCAUUGAAUACUUGGAAUCUUAUGCCAAGCAUUUUGAUAUCAACCCACAGUUUAAUGAAACUGUGGAGUCUGCUAAGUACGAUGAGGCUUGUAAACUGUGGAGUGUUGAGACUGUUUCUCCAAGUGGGUGUAAGGUUGAGUACAUUUGCCAAUGGCUGGUGGUGGCAACUGGGGAGAAUGCCGAACGAGUCGUGCCUGAAAUCGAAGGCUUGGAGAACUUUGGAGGGGAAGUAAUCCAUGCCUGUGAUUAUAAAUCUGGUGAAAAUUUCAGAGGAAAGAGCGUUGUAGUCGUGGGGUGUGGAAAUUCAGGCAUGGAAGUGUGUCUUGAUCUUUGCAACCAUGAUGCAAAACCUUCAAUGGUUGUUCGCAGCUCGGUUCAUCUAUUGCCAAGAGAAGUAUUUGGGAAAUCAACAUUUGAACUGGCAAUGUUUAUGCUAAAGUGGCUACCACUUUGGCUUGUUGACAACAUUUUGCUAGUUUUGGCAUGGAUGAUUCUUGGGAACACUGAGAAAUACGGGCUAAAACGCCCAUCAGUUGGUCCAUUGGAGCUAAAGAACACACUGGGAAAAACUCCUGUCCUUGACAUAGGUGCACUUGAAAAAAUCAAAUCCAGGGAAAUCAAAGUAGUCCUUGGAAUCAAGAAGUUCUCAUGUGGAAUGGUUGAGUUUGUAAAUGGUGAAAAGCUCGAAAUUGACACAGUUGUUAUGGCUACUGGAUAUCGCAGCAAUGUUCCUUCUUGGCUACAGGAAAGUGAAUUCUUCUCCGAGAAUGGAUUUCCAAAGACACCAUUUCCUAAUGGAUGGAAAGGAAAAGAAGGGUUAUAUGCAGUUGGAUUUACAAGAAGAGGGCUAUCUGGUGCAUCUGCUGAUGCAAUGAAAAUAGCACAAGAUAUUGGCAAAGUUUGGAACGAGGAUUUGAAUAAAAAAAACAGAAAGUCCCUACACAUAGAAGAUGCAUUCGACAUUCUAAUAGGAGGUCCCAGGAUUUUCUGAUGACAACAAAUGAGAUAUUAACUUAUUUUUCGUCAUUAAUCUUGUCCGAUGUUGUUUUUAUUGGUGUAUAAAGAAAAAGUGAAUAGCGUAGGGAUUAGCCCUCUCCAAGGAAGCUCAAGUUUUGUGAUGUUUUGGGCAUUUUGUAUACUAGGAUGACGAGGCUUUUUUCCUUCUACUUUUUACCACUAACUUUAUGUAAUAUAACUAUGCA